CCUUUCCCGAGGGACCCGGAGGCCCUGCCCGCGGCCGGCAGGCAGUGCGGGCGGGGAGGUGAGGCUCCGGCACCCACUCUCGCUUCGGGCGGGGCCACGUGCCGGCCCAGGCGGGAGGGAUGCCGGAGCUGCCCCCGCGCCGCGGCCCCGGCCCCGCCCCCAGCCGCCGCAUCCUGAAAGCGCGGACCCGCGUCCGGCCCCCACCCGCAAACCGGCCUGACCCACUGCCUGCCCCGCGGGCUGGCUGGCAGGCGUCGGCCCGGCGCUGGGCGCGGCUCCGGGUGGGCCGACACUGCAGUUGGGCCCAGGCGCCGUCCCGCGUCCAGCUCGCGCGGGCGGUGAUUGGCUGAACGGCUUUGGGGCCGGACGGUGGCGGCGGCGCUGAUUGGCUGCUGCGCAGACUCGCUGGGUCAGGGCUGCAGAGGCGGCGGCGGCGGCGGCGGUGGCGGCGGCUGGGUUAGGGGAUGCUCGGCUCGCGGCUGUAGGCAGACCCCGAGCUCCGAAUCCACAGCCCCGGGUCUGAGCCGGAGCCGCCGCCGCCUCCGCCGCCGCCCAGUCCGCGAUGUCCGCGGCCUGAGCCCCCGAGCGCAGAAAGGGGGAGAGCGGCUGCCGCGGUCCAGCCUCGUCCUGCCCUGCCCUGCCCUGCCCUGCCCUGCGCGCUCUGCCAGUGCUCCUGGCCCCGGCCGCCAUGUGCUCCAGUCUCUGGUUCCUGACGGACCGGAGGAUCCGCGAGGACUACCCGCAGGUGCAGAUCCUGCGCGCCCUCCGGCAGCGCUGCUCCGAGCAGGACGUGCGCUUCAGGGCCGUGCUCAUGGACCAGAUCGCCGUCACCGUCGUCGGCGGCCACCUCGGCCUGCAGGUGAACCAGAAGGCUCUGACGACAUUCCCAGAUGUGGUGCUUGUGCGGGUGCCCACACCUUCAGUACAAUCGGACAGUGACAUCACUGUCUUGAGACACCUGGAGAAGCUAGGCUGCCGCCUGGUCAAUCGCCCCCAGAGCAUUUUGAACUGCAUCAACAAGUUUUGGACAUUCCAAGAGCUGGCGGGACAUGGAGUUCCUAUGCCAGACACAUUUUCCUAUGGUGGUCAUGAAGACUUUGCCAAGAUGAUUGAUGAAGCUGAGCCCCUGGGGUACCCUGUGGUGGUGAAGAGUACUAGAGGACAUCGAGGAAAAGCAGUUUUCCUCGCAAGAGAUAAACACCAUUUAUCAGACAUCUGCCACCUGGUCCGUCAUGAUGUGCCCUACCUGUUCCAGAAAUAUGUGAAGGAAUCUCAUGGAAAGGAUAUCCGAGUGGUGGUGGUGGGUGGCCACGUCAUCGGCUCCAUGCUUCGCUGCUCCACAGAUGGCAGAAUGCAGAGCAACUGCUCCCUAGGUGGCGUGGGUGUCAUGUGUCCGCUCACUGAGCAAGGCAAACAGCUGGCCAUUCAGGUGUCCAACAUCUUGGGCAUGGAUUUCUGCGGCAUCGACCUCCUCAUCAUGGAUGAUGGCUCCUUUGUGGUGUGUGAGGCGAAUGCCAACGUGGGCUUCGUGGCCUUUGACCAGGCCUGCAACCUGGACGUGGGCGGGAUCAUCGCCGAUUACACCAUGUCCCUGCUGCCCCGCAGGCUGACCGGGAAGAUGGCACUUCUCCCGGGGGCGCCCAGCGCUGGCGAGAAGAGCGACCCUGAGGGAUGUGCUUCUGCCCAGGCCGGCGCAGAGAGCAUUUACAUCACCAACGGUGGCUCAACCUCCAGUGAGAGCGAACCCGAGGUGGGAGAAAUUGGGGGUUCUUUGGCAAACACGGCUAGGGCCCAACCCCCUUCACUGCCAGGCCCCAGCUACAAUAUUAACAACAUGAUUGCCUCUGAAUUAAAACUUAAAUGAAUUCAGCUUUUGAAUAUCAUUUAAACCAAAUCCUGCUGCUUCCCUGAUAGUUUUGAAUGAAUAAGAUCUUGACUAAUGUGUGUUCAUUUGCACAGAAAAUAAGAAUCCCAUCUGGGCACUUACUCACUUUACAGUAUUCUUUCUAAUGACAAUUUAAGAAAAUUUCUUGGCUUUGUGGUUUGUACAAAGACUAAAGAAUGCUCAGAGAAUAACAUCCCAGCUGAUGAAGUGGAACUUGGUGCCUGUGUUAUGGACACUUGGCUAUUAAGUGCUCGCAGCCGACUGGCAGGCAUCGAAGCUCUAUGCUGGUGUAGUCUGCAUGUCUCCCUCUCUCCACAACCGAGCCCAGUCAUUCGGAGCCCUCGAAGAGAGAAUAUUUGAAAGCUUCCAAGACAUCAGGGCAAUCGCCAGCUGGGAGUUCUGGAUCCAGAUGCAAUAAUGAGCUCUCUUCUGUGGAUGGCUAUUCAGUGCUUCCAACGCCAUUCUGGAACCCAUCUCUGCUUCCCACCGAUCUGCAUCUUACCUUCCUUGUGUUGCUUCUCUGUCACUUGGGAUUCAGUGAUUUGAAAGCAAAUCCAUUAGCACUUUCAAAGAAAGCACUUUGUAAAAAGAGCGAAUCACAUCUCUUCUGGGCCUCAUCUCCACUGGGGCAAGGGAAUACAUGCUGAUUUGUAAAUAGAGCCUGUCCUGCAAAGUGCUUUGUGGUCUCCAUCACAAAUGGAAAGUGUGCUUUAGCAGGUGCCCUGGCCCAGUUGCCUCUCCUGGUAUCCUCUUCCUCUUUUUUCUUCCCGCUGGCUUUUGGUUUCAGUUGGACACGUAUUUCACUGAGCUGAGACUUGUGCUUUCUUUAACUCAGGGGGUACUCAACUCUUCCCCAUAAGGGAUUUCUCUCCUGUGGCUCUGAUACCUGGAGAAUAAGCAUCACUCCUACAUACUGAAGGAUUUGGUGUGGUGUGGGUGGGCCGCAAAUGUGCCCAUUCAGCUUGGUACAUUGGAUUUAGCUCUGUGGAAUUAUAAUGGAACAAAGCAAUUGGAAACACACCGACCCUGAGGGACAUUCUAAUGUCCAACAUGAUCUCAGAAAUCUAAAUUUGUGGACUCUUUGAAAUGAGAGAGAAUCCUACACAUCCUGUUUUUAUUUUUGGUUUUUUUGACUAACAUGGGCAUAGUAUACCCUAAGUGCUUUCCAUUCCAACCAUCUGUGCAGUAGGUAACAAACCUUUCUCUGGGAAGAAGUCAUUGAGAUGGCUAUUUGAGACUCCACUAAAACAGGAAAUAUUUGUCAAAUAAUGACACUUUAGGGAAAAAAGCAUGACCACAAUUCCCACAUCCAAGUGAUUGUUGUCUCCUUCAAAGCCUCACCUUAGAAGGCUAUACCUUUAUUUCUGCAAAGCUUUGGGAACUGAAUUCAAACCAAAUUUCUAAGCUCCAAAAGAAAACCAGUGGUACUUGAUAGUCACCUUUUAUUAUGGGGUUCACAGUUUAUCCCCAGCCUUGGUUUAAGAUUACUUUUGACCAUUUCUAGACAUAAGAAUUACCUCUCAAUCCUUGGGGAUAAAAAAAUUGCAUCACAAACUUUGAAGUACAUUUUCAGAAGAGAAAGGGGAAGGCAAGGGAAAUGAUUUGAGCAGUGACAGCGUUGAUAGAACAAAUUUAUACCUUCCAAUGGAGAUUGUUUUAGUGAGAACCAAAUGGGUGUGGACCCAUUCAGAUGUAUAGGAUUUGGUCUGAAUAAGAAAAUCAUCCACAUUAAGUUACACUUUGUGCUAAUUUAACAUAGCUAACUGUAAAAUGUGGAUAAAAUAAAAAUUUUCACAACAUAUACUAUAUAAUAGGAUUUGUCUAAGAGCACCAUGAUUGAAAAUAAAAAUUUUCACAACAUACUUUAAAAUAGGAUUUGUCUAAGAGCACCAUAAUUGAAAAUUAUUAUUUGGGAGAGUUAAGCAGUAACUUUGGUCCUGCUGAUCACUUUCUCUCCAUCAAAAUUGAUCUAAGUCACAUGUCCUUCAGCCAAAAUGAGUCUGGAGCUGUGUAGAGGAAUCUCACUGUGCACAGAGUGUAUUUUAUACCUCACACCAAUGUAGCUCAAAUAUUAUCAAACAGUGUAUUUCUGACUACAUAUCUGGUUUAGUUGGGGAAGGGAGAUGAUUUUAUGUGGGUUAUGACACCUUUUACCACUCAGGGGAGAUUAGGCAAUCAAUGAGUUUGCUUCUGUCUUCACUAGAGUUGACUAAAUGCUUUCUUUGUGUCUGUAUAUCUGCUGGAGCCAAAUGAGGCCCUUGUAAAAAUUAUAUUUGUUCUUUAGCUCUUUAAGAAUCUCUCCACAUACACACCCGCAGGGUACUUUUUUGGGCACUAAAGAGACAAAGUCCUGAGUUCUCUUGCCCCAAGAAAAGAUCCUUCCCCGACUAUGAGCUAUACCAUCAGAGCAUCCCCCAUCUAGGAACCACUAUAGCAAAGUUUUAGAGUGAGGAGUAUAGAAUCUUUGCUUGCUUACGUCCACCAGCUUUACCUGAAUCAUGCUCUGACCAUCCUCUCCUCCCCCUUAAAAUUCCCUGGCAGCACCCAGAGUGACUCAGUAGGAAAAAACCCUGUGUUUGAGGUUGGACAAACUAGUUUGUUUUGGGUUCUAAUUAGUCAUUGAUUAACUGAAUGAUUUUGAGCAAGUUGUGCCUCAGUUUUUUUCAUCUCUAAAAUGGGGGAAAAUACCCUGCCCUACCUACCUCACAGGAUUUCUGUGAGGGGAAAAUCAGUUGCUAGAUGUGAAUUGUAAUUUGAAAGUUGCUUUGCAAGAGGUGGAAUCUGGAAAGAGGAACAUGUCUUCUUCCUUCUGUGACUGCAUGAUGGGACUCCUCAACACCCAUCCCCCUUCAGGAACUUCAGGAGGAAAGAGGCCAGUAGGUAUCUAUUUUUGCAUCCUAGGCAGCAUGAGAAUGCAACUUCUCAGCACCUUUAGUUCCAGCCUUGGAAAGCCUGCAGGGACCAUCUGAGUAUGACAACAGCCACAAAUCAUAUCUAAGCUGGAACAUUUGAUUCCCUUACUCUUCCAAGGAAGGAUGUCUUCCCUGUGUAAAAUUCAUGCCUAUCUCUGUAUAAUGCCUCCUUUUGUUUGGUAGGAGCAUCUUGAAACUGGUGAAAACUUGAAUACCAGUAGCUGAGUCACUGUGAAUAGAAUUUAUUAUGCACUGAUAAAAAAAAAAAAAAUCCUUGUAUCUGUAUAUCUUUGUGUGUUAGGGCUUGCAAAGGUAGCUGGAACCCUGGUUUUAGCUUUAGGUCUUUGAGAAGCCUAUGAACGAUACAAGUGAACUCCAAGCCAUGGGGGGGCCACAUACUCAGACCCUCUCACCUAGCUAUUGGGGGAUCCCAUAACAAGGAAAGACCCUCCACCCCGCAAGAACAAUUAAUUUGUUAAAGACAGCAUUUGAAAGAAAUGUGACUAGGGAGUGUAGGUAUUGUUUUUCUAGGAAAAUAAGGAAGUGGAAUCAUGUGUGCAUUUAAUGAGGAAAUAAGGAAGGAUGGCCAUCUUUUAAGCUAAAUCUGCUCAAAGGUAGGAGGAAUAGGGCCUCAAUCCUACAUUUCAAGGACUGGUUACUUAAGGUUUUAGAAACCCCUGUUGAAUGCAUUUCACAGAUGAAACUAAUGAACCUAAGAAUUAUAUUUUAACAACUCAUAUUCUUGUGUUAGGUAAGAAGGCAGAAUGCCUUCAAGACUCUUGUAAGUUCCAGAACUUUAGGCACCCAUGGCUAGCCAAAAUGAACAAAGGAAGGGCAGCUAGCUGGUUAGAGCACUGAAGUCAGGAGGACCUGAAUUCAAAUCUGGCCACAGACACUUAACACUUACUAGCUGCGUGACUCUGGGCAAGUCACUUAACCCCAAUUGCCUUGCAAAAAAUAAAUAAAAUGAACCAAGCAGAAAGUUAUUGAUAGUAACCUUGAUUAAAUUAGUAGUCAAGUCAUACCCAAUUGCUGCUGUGGAUUAUUCCUAGGCUGUCCAGGUGUAUCUGAAUGAUCAGUGUGGACCAGUUGUCUUUACUAUCCUGGCAUUAUUGGAACAUUCCUUGAUUUUGGACUGCAAGUCACUCUUUCCAGAACCUGGUGCUGUAUUGGAUCUACCAUUAAAAAAGAGUGAUCUAGAUCACUGUUUAUCAUAUAGUAAUUUGCUUUAGUAGAUAGAACACAUAGAAAUGAGAAGAACUGAGAUCUAAUUCUGGCUCUUCUACUGAUUUGAAUAAACCUCAGCUUCUUCAUUUACAAACCAAAAUGCUCGGACACACACAAAAAAAAAAUCUUUCCAGCUCUAAUUUUGUGACUUUAUGAUCUCAUUUCAGUUUCUAGUUUCUAGUCUGCAGUCAAUAGCUAGGUACAAAUUCUUUCAUAGCUCCCCAUCACUGGAAGUUUUUUCAGAUGGAGGCUAGAUGUCUACUUGUGAGAGAUAUAGUAGGAAUUCCUAUGUAGAUGAAUUGAACUAAAUAACCUUUGAAAUCCUUUCUAGUUCAAAGAUUCUAUGAACUAAAAUAGAAAGCAGUAAGUAAAUAAGAAAGCAGCUUACAUUAGCCUAGCCCUCUCUUCUUUAGUUUCUUCAUCUACUAUGUUGUUCAUUUGUUUAAGUUGUGCCCAACUCUGUACCCCCACUUCUUAGCAAAGAUACUUGGUUUGCCAUUUCCUUCUUCAGCUCAUUUUGCAGAUGAGGAAACUGAGGCAACAGGAUUAAGUGACUUGCCCCAGGCUCACAUAGCUUGUAAGUAUCUGAGGUUGGAUUUGAAUUUAGAAAAAUAAGUCUUCCUGACUCUAGGCCCAGGGGGUUUGUGCAUUAUGAGACCAUCUAGCUGCCCUACUAGGAAGGAGGUUUUGACUAGGUGAGUUCUCCAGCAUUCUGUGAUAGAAUUUUGUUAUAAAAUACUGCCCUUCCAUUUUCUUAUUUGAGACUCACAACAACCUCACAACAUAGAUAAUAUAACUAUUAUUCCAUUUUGUAAAUGAGAAAACUGGCUCAGAGGCAAUUAACUUGACUAGAGUCUUAUACUGUUAGGCAAAGUCAGGACUUUACCCCAAGUAUUCUGACCCCAAGAAUAUUGCUCUUUCUACCACAUACUGUUAUUUCUGAGCUAUCCAGGAUCAGUAUAAACAGGCUUCUUCCUGGACUCAGAAUAUAGAGGAAGAUAGUGGCAGGAUGGCAGAAUGACAAUUGGGCUUUUUUGGGUGGAAGGAGGGGGAGAGAAAGAGAGCGAGAAAGGCUUUUGGAGGAGUCUGGGAUGACCCAAUAGGGAAGGGGAGAGAUAGUGGUGGUAGACCUAGAAGAAACAGGCAAACCAUAAGCAUCUAUUAAAUGCUUCCUUUAUUCAUGGCACAGUGUAGGGAUUAGAGAAACAAAAUCCACAAAAUAAAACACUCCCUACCCUCAAGAGUCUUAUAUUCUACUUCUACUCCCCAAAGCUGUUAAAGAGUAGAAAGGAAGCUGGCCAACAAGCUGACCUGGAGUUACUUGGCAUUUGAUUUAUUUUGGAUUUUUCCUAUGUUAUGAUUCACUGAUUUUGGGUCAGAUCUGAAUGGAAAAUGCCAUAAUCUCAAAUCUGUAAUAGAAUAGGGAAAUCCCAAGCUGGUCUUAAAUUUCAUUCCACAAACAUGUGAAAUGUGCACCCUAUACAAGGACCUUUACUUGACAUUGGAAGAAUAUAAUGGUGAUUACAACAUAACCUCUCUUCACAAGAAAUACUAUCAUCUCAAACCUGUAAGACAGGUGAUAGAACAGGGAAAUCCCAUUCUGGUCUUAAAUUUCUUUCUACAACAUGUGAAAUGUGUACCCUAUACGAGGAUCUUUACUUGACAUUGGAAGAAUAUAAUGGUGAUUACAACAGAACCUCUCUUCACAAGAAUUACAAGUGUAAUGGGAGCUGGUCUGUGUCAGCAAAGGCAGAAUGCCUGGAAUGUACCCACUUCUCACCUCCACCUCUUAAAAUCUCUGGUUUCCUUCAAAACUUAGUUCCCCUCAUCUACGUGAAGAUUUUCCUGGUGCCUGCUUUUUAUUCAUGUUAUGUAUAUUUACAUAUCGAAAGAUCACAGACCUACCUACGUACAUCUCCUCCAUUAAUGUUUAAGAUCUUUGAAGGCAUCAUCUGUCUCAGUGUCUGGUUAUAAUAGAUAGCUCAUAAUUAGUUGAAUGAGAACAAGGAAGGAGAAUGUUAUAGAUAUCAAAUAUUAGUGGUGGUGGACAUUGGGGAACCUGCAGAGACCUUAGGCAGAAGUUGACAUGGUCAGAGAAAGGGGCACGUGCCAAUUUUAAAAUAGUAAUAAUAAUGAUAUCUGCUAUUGCCUUGUUGUACCCCAUCAUGACAGGUUCCUGAGGGAUGGAGAGCUUUGGGCCUGUCUUAUAGGCUCCUAUAUGGUAAAAGGUAGUAAAGUAAGGGGGAAGGGUGUACUAGGGAGAAGAUAAAUUUUGCUGUCCCAGAAACAUGUAUGAAGGUAUGUUAUUGUGUCUGGAGGUAGAAACAGUAGGAGUAUGAAUAUAGCUAGACUGAAGACCCCACUGAAGUUUAUGCUUAGUCUUGAGAUUGUUUUUUGGCCCUUCCUGAGUUCCAGGGCUGGGCAGUUAUGGAGGGACUAGGUGGACACACUUGUGAGAGGCUCAGUUAUAUGGUCAUGUAGCAGAUUGGCGAGUAUGCCCUCCAUUGCUUUCUCUUUCCCAAUCUGGUAUCAGUUUCCCCUGGGUAUUUAUGGCUCAGAGAGUUGGCAGGGCUGAGGGGAUUUCCCAGUGAGCAGUGCAAUUGUGACAUCUUGUGUUCUGAUGUUCACUAGAAUCAAAAUGAUUAGGUGGAAUAGCCAUAGCUCUGAUUCAUCAGUUACGUAUUCACUGAGAUUGGAAAGAAAAUUAAACUUUGAGAAUUUAACAGGGCGGUUUUUAUUUUCAAAAAAACCCCCAAAGUGUUAGAAACACAAGAAAACCAGUUACCUUCACAUCUUGAUCAUCCACACCAUUCUGAUUAUGAGCCAGUAUUCUUAAAACCCUGUUCUUCCCUGUUUUGCUCAGAGACCAGACCAUGGCCAAAGAAAGUAUGAGUCUGAGUCAAGUCCAAUUCAUAAAGCAGAUCUGUCAUCAGAAGUCUUAGUGUUCUCUGUAACUAAAUACUAUCAAUAUGAGGACCCCCAGACUUUGAUCCUAAUUCUGUGACUUUAUGCAAAUUACAUCCCCUUCAUGAGUUUCAGUUUUUGUGUCUAUGAAAUUGUGGUACUAAAUGGUCUUUUAGUUUCCCUUCAGCUUUGACAUUCUUCAGUAACUGUGGUUUUACAUUAUUUUCUGGUUUUGAUUACUCACUCGCUCAUUUGUCAUUGCCUUCCUUUCUCUUCCUGGAAUUAGGCUUAUGUGAGAGAAGUUACCUAUUCCACCUUCUAACCCAGAGACAAGAGGGUGAUCAGCACGGGAGGUUGUGAAGGAAAGUGUCUCAGGAUUACUUAUCAAUAUAACUCUGGCCAAUCUCAAGCCCAAGGUCCAAAUUCUAGUUGGUGAAUCUUACUUGUGCUUACUUCAUGUUUCUUAUGACAACAUCCUGGGAGAAAGGGAUAGCUGAGAAGAGAUAAUAGAGAGGAUAUCUGAUCUGCCUGGCCUGAUGGAAGGCUUUCUGGUAUUCAAAAAGAGCUGGGGCCCCUGGUGUUAAAGAAUCAGUCUUCAUAUUUGCUCUUUUGCAAACCUAAGAUAUUAUUUAGGGUUCCUAAGUCGCUGUACAGUUGGAGGCAGGAGGGUGACUAGGCAGUCUUUGGGGCUUGCCAUGUCCUGAAUGACCAUGGCUUUGGUCCCUGAGUUUAAGGUGCCCAUUGGACUGAUCAUGAUUAGGCACACAUAGUGAUGAAGCUCAGACUCUCAGGAAAGCAGCACACAAGGCCAGUUUUGCAGAGGCAUGUGUUUUAGUCCAUUAUGCAAUUUUUAUAUAUGCAACUUGAAGCAAAGAAUAACACUGGAAACUCAUGUGCUUUCCUGCCUGUUUCUGAAAACUUUGGGUUUUUCAUAUCUGGGAGAAAUCUUAGUUUUGAAUCUCAGUUUCUGAACCUACUGAGAAAAGCAACUUGAAGGGGGCUUCAAUUGAGGGGGCUAUAUUACAAUUGAGUUCUCCUAAGAAAGUUUGAGUUUUUGCUAUUGGAAUAUGUUUUACCUGGACACUAGAAUAUCUGAUUUCCAAAUGACUUAUGCAGCAAUAACUUGGUUAACUUCCUUGCAGAGAUCAGUUACAAAUGAUGGCUUGUUUUUUUUGUUUUUUUUUUUUUUUUGUUGCUUUUUAUUAAAAC